AGGCAUAUUUCGUCUUUAGAACACAAAGAGGUCUUGAUUAUAGUACCGAAACUUUCUGAUCUUAUAGAAUCAUAGAAAUCGGGGACCAGUCACAAGAUGUUGCCACAAGCCCGGACUGCCGUGCUCCUCCUGAUGGGAAUCGCCGCCACAGCGGCGUCCCAAUCACUGCCUACUCUUGUUGAGGCCCUUGUGGCGUCCGGCGCUUCUAAGUUCGCAACCUUCAUCCAGUCAGAUCCGGAAGUUCUACAACUAUUCCUUUCCGGACAAGUCGGGACGGUCUUUGCGCCUUCGGACGUAGGAUAUGACAUCGAGACCCUGCUUGGACGAGAUCUCUCCGCCACAGAUCGACGAGCAGCAGCAUUCCAGUCAUCUCGAGCGACAACCACCUUAGAGAGUUCUAGUCGUUCGAUUCCCGGUUCGAUCCUCGAGACAAACGCUCAGACUCCGUUGCUUGGAGGCCAAGGUCAACGAAUAGUCAUCGACACAAGACCACUCAACCUCACUUCACCUACCAAACGAUGGAUGCAACCAUCUUUCCUCCGCCGUCAAUCCAACGGAACAACCCCAUCAUUGCUCAGAAUCUCCUCUGGUCUGGGAAAGAUCACCAAUGUCAUCAAAGGCGAUAUUCCAUACAGUGGUGGCUUAAUCCAUAUAACGGAUAGCUACUUCACUGAGCCUGAGUCGCUCUCGUCGACAGCCCAGUUUACCGGUCAGACAGCCUUCGCCAGUCUUCUUUCCCGUAGUAACACGACGAGUACGCUACAGAACACUCAGUCCGUCACUGUAUUCCUGCCAUCCAACGCGGCAUUCUCCGCCUCCAACUCGAGUCUUCCUGCCGCGCAGUUGGUUUCGAACCAUGUCGUCGCCGGCAGCGUCGCUUACCUACCCGACCUGAAAGAUGGCGACGUCCUGAAGACGCAGCAGGGCGAGACCCUCGCCAUCAGUGUCCGCGCUGGGCGAUACUACGUCAACGGUGGGCUGAUCACCCAAGCCAACCUAAUCCUCGAGAAUGGCGUUGCGCACGUCGUCAAUAAGGUUCUGACCCCCACGCCGGCAGUGGCAACCACUAGCGCCGCUUCGUCUAACUCGAUGAGCUUCGCCGGCUUGUUCGGGGUCGCGUUCUACAUUGGAAUGAUGGUUCUGGCUUAACCGCUUAACUGAUGUUGGUGGAGAUGGCGGAAUGGCACAAGGGAUGACUCAUAAUGUUUAAUCGUGUUUCCUUCAUCAUUUUGGCUGGAUUGAUGAGCGGGUUGAUGUUGUUCGACGACGCCAUGUAUCCUAGAUAGAUUAGGUACUUAAUG